AUGUCUUCCAAAACUAUUGGUAGUGAGAUAAAAUCUUUAAAAUCAAAUAAUAUUAAUAAUGAUAAAUAUAAGGAAAAUAAGGACACAAAAAUUUAUUGGAAAUGUGCUUUAUCAAAUACUAUUUAUGAAGUUUUAGUUAAUAGAAAAAAUUAUUAUCAAACUCAGAAUGAUUCAUGGAAUUUUUAUUGGGUCAACAGAGAGUGGAUGAAUACAAGUUUUGAUAAACAUAAAUUUAAAGAUAAUCAAUUGGUUUGCCAUUUUAGAAAUGAUCAUGAAUUGACAAGAAAGGAUAAUUUAAUAAAAAAUUUGAAGAAAGCUAAAAAAAUUCCAGAACUUGAAAAAAAUCUUAAUUUUAUACCAUUAAGUUAUGUUUUACCAUCUGAGUGGCAUUUAUUUGUUGAAGAAUUUAAGAAGUACAACAAUGAUAAUAUUUGGAUUAUGAAACCUGUUGCUGGUGCUCAAGGUAAAGGCAUAUUUUUGUUUAAAAAAUUAAAAGAGAUAACUGAAUGGAAAAAGAAAGACUAUUCUUCUGAUUGUGAAGCAUUACCAUAUGUAACUCAAAUGUACAUUAAACAUCCAUAUUUAAUAGGAGGAAAAAAGUUUGAUAUCCGUCUUUAUGUUCUUGUUAGAACGUUUCGUCCUUUAACAGUAUGGGUUCAUAGAGAGGGCUUUGCAAGAUUUAGUCAUUCAAAAUAUGAUUUAUCUUGUCAUGAGAAUGCCUAUGUACAUUUAACAAAUGUAGCUAUAGCUAAAACAGCUGGUGACUUUGAUCCUGAAAAAGGUUUAAAAUGGUCAUUAAGAAAUUUAUUUCGUUAUAUAAUGGCUGUUCAUGGAGCCGGAGUGGUAAGAAAAAUUCAAGAUGAUAUUGGAAAUAUUAUUAUAACUUCCCUCAAGUCAGUUCAACCAUUAAUGAUACAGGAUAAACAUUGUUUUGAAUUAUAUGGUUAUGAUAUCCUUUUAGAUGAAAAUUUAAAAGGAUGGUUAUUAGAAGUAAAUGCAUCACCAUCACUUACUCCUAGUAGUCAGGAUGACUUUGAAAUGAAAUUUCGUGUUCUUAAUCAUAUGCUUGAUGUAUUAGAUUUAGAAAAAAAGCUUCUUGGAAACGAAAUAGAAGUUAAUGGUUUUGAUUUAUUGAUAAAGAAUAAUGAGAUAGUUUAUAGUAAUUCUUAUAUACCAAAAGAGAAUGAAAUUAAUCCACUUAUUUCAACUUUAAAUAUUAAAUUAGGACAUUACGUAAAACCAAUGGAAACACCAUUUCAUAAUGUAUGA